GAUUCGUUUUUGACCAUCGGUCUCAUUCAUUUCGACUUCGCUUUUCGUCCUCUUUCUUCUCCAGAUCAUGUAUGUCUCUCGAGUGUCGCUGCUAAUGCAUUAGUUUUGAAUUCCAAUUUGGGUUAUGACACAAGUGAUUCCAUCAUUUCCUAGCUUUAGCUGGAUUCUUGUUUGGAGCAAAAAAUCGGAAGGUUUCUUAGCGAAUUGUUACCUCUAUUAAUUUCAAUGGAACAGAAAUUCAAAACCGAUGCUAUGAAUGAGGACAGAAUCAGUGAGUUGCCUGAUGCUUUGCUUCUGCAGAUAUUGUCUUCACUUCCGACAGAAAACGCCAUAGCCACUAGUGUUUUGUCUAAACGUUGGAGAUCUCUUUGGACCAUGUUGCCAAAACUCAAGUUUGAUUGCGAUUUUAAUCCUGUGCUUGAUGAUUAUAACAUAGAUCCCCAUAUGUUUUCAGAGAAUGUUUACAGGACCUUGACUUUACAUAAAGCUCCGGUUCUAGAGAGUUUGCAUUUGUCAUUUGAAGGUAGAACUGAUUGUUUGGAUGUUGGAAUAUGGAUCGCAACCGCAUUUGCUCGCCGUGUGCGUAAAUUGGUAUUGGAUAGUUUCUAUCAAGAGGAUCAGACUGUCACGCUUCCGAGUGUUUUGUUUAGCUAUAAUGAUACACUUGAGAUCUUGAAACUCAAGUGUGCUAUUGAUUUAGACUUUCCUUCUCGGGUUUGUUUGAAGUCUCUUAGAAAGCUGUACCUUUACCAAGUACACUUCAAAGACGAAGAAUCUGUUUGCAACCUUUUAUGUGGCUGCCCUAGUCUUCAAGAUUUGGUCGUGCAUAGAUAUAGCAAUGCCGAUGUGGCGACUUUCACUAUUGCGGCGCCAUCAUUACAGAGAUUGACCAUAGAAGAUCUUCGCCAAGAAGGAGGUUAUGGAAAUGGAGGCUAUGUGAUAAAUGCCCCUGCUUUGAAAUACUUGAACAUCAACGGGUUUAUUGAUAUUGAGUCUUGUCUGAUUGACAAGGCACUAGAGCUAGUGGAGGCAAAAAUCAGUAACGUUUCUGAUAUAGCUAAUGAGAACAUUCUGGAGUCUCUAACUUCAGCCAAACGUCUUAUUUUACACUUAUCACCCCUUGAGAUUAAAGUUCCUACUGGUAAAAUCUUCGAUCAGCUAGUUUGUCUAGAGCUACUUACACACGAAAGAGAGUGGUGGAAUCUGCUCUCGAUCAUGCUCGAUAGUUCUCCUAAACUACAAACCCUCAAGCUCACAGAUUUCUAUCUGCGUGACAACAAAAAAAAUCCGGACGAACGAAAAUGGAAUCCACCUAAAUGUGCACCGGAAUGUUUGUUGUUCCAUCUUGAGACAUUCGUGUGGAUAGGAUAUGAAUGGCAACGAGGAGAUGAGAAAGAAGUGGCCACAUACAUCCUAGAAAACGCAAGACGGUUGAAGAAAGUAACUUUCUCCACAAAACGCAUGGAGGGGGAAAAGCUCGAAAGGUUGGAAAAGAGACGUGAGAUGCUCAACGAGUUGGCUAGUGUGCUCUGGGAUUCAUAUUCAUGUCACCUUGUGUUCGAAUCUACUUAAUAUCUUAGACUUUUAUUCUGUUGUUUUGGCCAUUGGGAAAUGUAUAAUUGACUGCUCUACCUAUAUGUCGGAUGCUAAUGUUUGGUGACCUUUGAGGAAGAGAUUCAGAAGAUUAUUACUUUAUAUAGUUUAAAGAGUAGAUUCGUUGCCA